UUCGAACUGCAGAAAACGGUUGAACCAAAAAACUGUUGGUUUUAUAAUCCAGUCUCGCUCAACGUUCCAAUCCACUCAGUCGUUUCAAUUCGCGCGCGCUCGUUAGCGCAAGUCCUCCUAGACCACGUGUUGUUGUGUAGACUAUGCAAACUACAGUUUGAAGUGCGUUUUGUGAAACUGAAAAACCAGUUCUUUUGGUUGGAAUAAUAGUUUCGAUUUACAUAAUGUUACCAUACUCCAGCAAAUUCGUAGCAUUAUUUCUAGUAUCGUUGCAAAUAUUCGCCGUGCGCGGACUCGACAAAUCGAAAUCCGAUCAGAAUGAACACACCGCAAGCAAACGUGCGUCUCAUUUCGCCGGCAGCCUUUUUCCUCUGCACGAUAAAUCUGCCCUGAGUGGUCCAUCGAAUCUGGACUUUGCCGUCAUCGGAGAGGACAAAAUACUGGACACCAGCUCUUUGCUGACAUCCCAGUAUUACAGCGAGGAUCCGAACACUGACAGCAAAUGCAGUGCCGAUAAAUUCGCGUUCAACAACGAAGGCACGGUGAGCUACGAAAACAGCUUGCCGGCAUUGCAACAGUUCACUCUAUGCGCAUGGAUGCGUUUCACCAAUCAUACCGGCGAUCACACGAUCGUUACUUACGCAGUUGACAGCGAUCCCCGCGAGAUUCAGCUAUGGAUUUCGAACAGUCGCGGUAUGAGUUACAUAACCCUAGCCAUACGUGGUCAGUCUCUUUUCAGAUUGAACUACCCAUUCCGUAUGAGGAGAUGGCAUCAUGCCUGCGCAUCUUGGAAUGGAAAGACAGGAGAGUGGCAGCUAUGGAUCAAGGCAGAAAGAGUCGGCCGAGGAUUCCACAACCGACUCGUCGGUUAUGAGAUUAAACCGGGUGGUAAGCUGUUCUCGGGAGGUCCUUCAACGACUGGUCCAACUGAUACCGAUCUUCAUUUCGAACUGACCAUGUUGCAAAUCUACAAAGUGGCUCUAAGCGCUGGAAAAGCUCACCGGGACCACAAACAUCAUCACGUGCACCACUUCGAUCACAACGGAGGAGAAGUCACGCCAGCUCCCCCUGCAGCAACAGCACCGCCGGUAACUCAACCGUCGAAUCCACUCUUGGCCAACGGGCAAAUCCCAAGCAGGGUUAAAAUCAAUUUGGCUGGCUCGCAAAACCCACCAACCACCGGUAGUCUCGGAGUUCCUGUCAAGGGGCUGCCAUCGCAACUUAUCGGUGGGUUCGUUCCCUCGGAUGCAGCUACUAUCACGACUCAGUUCGUAAGCGGACAGUUCCAUGUGGGAGGAAGAAAUCUGCAACAACAACUGGCGAUCGGAAAUAUUCUUAACAAACUCAACACGAAUGUUGCUAGUGCCAGUCCAUCGAACGGUGCUAUCGUGUUCCCCGACAAAGUGACCAGUACAGUGCCGUCGAGCUCAUACAUUGAUCUUAAUAAUCCAGCCAAUGUUCAAAUCAUCGACGAGAGUAGAGUUCCACAGAAACUGUUCAAGCGAGAGGCUUCAAAUGUGGACAGUAAAACGAUCAGCAAAAGAGGAUUGGUAUUGCUGAAGGAUGGAACAAUUGCCGACGAUGGAACUGGAGGUAGCGAUUACAUAUUUGAUGGUCUAGCUGAAUUCGGCUUACCCGAUUUCAAGAACAAGCUUGGCAAAGAAACAGAUAUCGAAGGUGAAAUACGAGAACACGAUCGUGAACCAGCGGAAGGUGAAGUUACAGCUGUCAUGAAUGUGUGUACAAAAUGCGACGAUGAACCAUUCUCGAGAGCGAUCGUAUUCGCGUGGAAGAAUAUCCGUGCCCAGAUGGACAAUGCACUAACAGCUAAGGCAUCCACCGUCUGUGGUCAGUUUUAACACAUAUUUAUAAGAAUUUAGUUAGUUGAAAGAAGGACAUACGAACAUAAGUGCAAAACAAAAAGCCACCGUAAUCUGACAAUUCAACUCCUUCAUUUAGCAAUUGUAAAUUAUUUCUAGUGAUAAAUGUUCAACGUUCUAAUUCUUCUACCAAGUAUGCUUUUUUGUAAUAUUGAUUCUUUCGUUCCGCUUCAACAAAUUGUCUUGAAAAGCGUUUAAUCUCGCAUUUUUUGUAUUUUUGCAAGUAUUUUUUUAUUUCUAUGAGAAAAUAUUUGAAAACAGCGAUUUGUUCAAAAUACAACAGUCUUAUGAUCAAUAGUUCAAUAUUUAUUUGUACAAUUUGUAACAAACGUAUCUGUUCUAACCAGUAUCUGUAAUUUAAGCAAUCUAUAUAUGUACAUGUAUUACUAAGCUUCAAAUUGUUACAUUUUGUUCCUUCAACUUCCGCCUGUUAAAUUGCAUUCAACGAUUCCACUUAAAUUAUAAGUCGCACAUAUACUCUGUUAAUUGACUAUCAAGUAGAUUUGUAAAUAAACUUAAUAUUUUAUA